AUGUGCUUCUCCCUUUCCCCUUUGGGGGCCGAGCCCGAGGCUCCAGAGGGAAAGGGAGGAGGGACAGGGCCAGCUUGGACUGCGGCUGAAGACCACGAAGGUGGGAGUGGCGGGUGGGAAGAGAGACAGUUCCGGGGCUGUCCCCUGCUGGAGAAGGCUCGGCCACCCAAAGGACGAGAUGGCCUCCAGGCUGGAGAGAGGCGGGUCCUUGGUUUCUGUCGCCGUGCCUCAGUAGACGCUUCGCACCAGCUGCUGCGACCAGUCAGAAGCCCGGGGACCAGGCUUCUAAGGGGGCUUCGGAUCCGAACCAAGAACUUGAGGGUCUCUCAGUGGGGAUCACGGGUGCGGGCAAGGAAGCCAGGAGCCACGAAGCAGGUGUCGCUGUUUGUGUGGGUAAGUGCGCCCAGGGAGUGCGUAGGGGACAAGGGGGUUGAGCCCCAGGGUUCCAGGGGGCGCCCUUGGGCUAUGGCUCGGGUCCCCCACGCCGGGCACGGAGAGGGGCGGGGCAGGGAGCUGGCGUGUAUAGGUUACAGGCUCCUGAGUGAGAAGGGGCGGGCGAGGCACCCCGAGCCCCGCCCCGGGCGGCGGGCAUGGGCAGCUCCCGCCUCCCUGGCUCAGUCGGUGCCUCCCCUCGGGAGUGGGAGCCCAGUCUCCAGGGCAGCGGCGGUGGCGGCAGCUCUCAAAGCGGGGAGCGGGGAGCACCGCCCUCCUUCCUUCCUCCCUCCCGUCCCCUCCCCUCCCCUCCAGACCCGUCCUGAGCCCUCCGAGCCGCCGCCGUCCAGUGUCCCGCGGCUGGCCUCUGCCGCCCUUCGCUCCCGGGCCGGCCCCAUGGCGUCCUCGGCCGGGUCCCCCCCGCAGGCGGAGCGGCGGCGCUGGGGUUGGGGCCGUCGGGCCAGCGGGCCCCUGGGGCUCAGCCUCAGCCCCAAGGCCGCCUUCCCCUCGGAGCUGGCCGAGGUGACACCGGUGGCCGGAGCGCUCUAUGCGCCCAUCCCCGCGCCGGGGCCCGGCCCUCCCCCUGCCGCAGCCCCGGGGCCCCGGGGGUCCCCGGCCCCGCCGUCUCCUCGGGGGCCCCCGGCCCCACCGUCGCCAUCGCCGCCGCCCACCGUGAACCUGGACCCGCGCGUGUCCAUCUACAGCGUGUGGCGCCCGCUGCUCACCCGCACCCACGUCCAGGGACGUGUCUACAACUUCCUCGAGAGACCCACGGGCUGGAAAUGCUUCCUCUACCACUUCACGGUCUUCCUCAUUGUUCUGAUUUGCCUCAUCUUCAGUGUGCUCUCCACCAUCGAGCAGUAUGUUACCUUGGCCACCGGGACACUCUUCUGGAUGGAAAUUGUACUCGUGGUAUUUUUUGGGACGGAGUAUGUGGUUCGUUUGUGGUCAGCGGGAUGCCGUAGCAAGUAUGUGGGGAUCUGGGGACGGCUGCGCUUCGCUAGGAAGCCCAUUUCCAUCAUCGACCUCAUUGUGGUCGUGGCCUCCAUGAUCGUACUCUGCGUGGGCUCCAAGGGACAGGUCUUUGCCACAUCAGCCAUCAGGGGAAUUCGCUUCCUGCAGAUUCUACGGAUGCUGCACGUAGACCGCCAGGGCGGAACAUGGCGAUUGCUGGGCUCCGUGGUCUUCAUCCAUCGGCAGGAGCUGAUAACCACCUUGUACAUCGGGUUUCUGGGUCUAAUCUUCUCCUCGUACUUUGUGUAUUUGGCGGAAAAGGAUGCUGUGAACGAGUCGGGCCAGAUUGAGUUCGGCAGCUAUGCCGAUGCCCUGUGGUGGGGCGUGGUGACUGUCACGACCAUUGGCUACGGAGACAAGGUGCCACAGACUUGGAUCGGGAAGACCAUCGCCUCCUGUUUCUCAGUCUUUGCCAUCUCAUUCUUUGCCCUCCCGGCGGGGAUCCUUGGUUCUGGUUUUGCCCUGAAGGUCCAGCAGAAACAGAGACAGAAGCAUUUCAAUCGCCAGAUCCCCGCUGCGGCCUCUCUCAUUCAGACGGCCUGGAGAUGCUAUGCGGCUGAGAAUCCCGAUUCUUCAACAUGGAAGAUUUAUAUCCGAAAACCUGCCCGAAAUUAUCACCUGCUGUCACCCAGUCCCAAACCCAAGAAAUCUGUCAUGGUAAAGAAGAAAAAAUUCAAAUUGGAGAAAGACAAUGGGGUUGGCACUGGCGACAAAACAUUGACGGUGCCACACAUCACUUAUGACCACAUAACAGAGGAGAGAAAGGCAGACCAGUUUUCCAUCGAUGGAUACGAAAAUUCUGUGAAGAAGAGCCCUUCCUCGCUGGAGGUGAACCCCGGCCACUUCCUGAGGACAAACAGCUUUGCUGAGGAUCUGGACCUGGAAGGGGAGACUCUGCUGGCCCCAAUCACACACAUCUCCCAGCUUCGGGAGCAUCACCGGGCCACCAUUAAGGUUCUCCGGCGUAUGCAGUAUUUUGUGGCCAAGAAGAAAUUCCAGCAAGCCAGGAAGCCUUAUGAUGUCCGUGAUGUCAUUGAGCAGUACUCUCAAGGUCAUCUCAACCUGAUGGUGCGAAUCAAGGAACUCCAGAGAAGGCUGGACCAGUCAAUAGGGAAGCCUUCCCUCUUCAUCUCUGUCUCAGAGAAGAAUAAAGACCGAGGGAAUAACACGAUUGGAGCCCGACUGAACAGAGUGGAAGACAAGGGCAGCUACAUCUGGCAUUUACCCUCUUUGCCGUACUCCGUCUCCUCCUCCGGCCGCUGCUGUCCAGUGCUGUGCCCGUCAGCUUCGAUCCAAGAACACCUCAGACCCUUUCGCCAGGGCCACACCACAGGACAACCUAUGAAAACUUCAGCAGAGGGGGCAGCCAGCAGGGAGCAUCCUGGCUCAGAGCCAGGAAGGAUGGGGUCCCUGUCUGCCUGCCUUUGCCUCUCUUGCCUCCCCCAAAGCUCCACAACCCCCAAACUCAUUCCGCUCCAUAUUCCUUGUGGCCGAGGCAGCGGUGUAGCUUCAGAAGUGGGGGCUCCCACCCCAGUGUCAGAAAGGGCUACAUUUCUUGUGCUGACCUGCAGUUUCUCUGCUCACAUCCGUACCCAGCCCCCCCCCAAAAGGAGCCCCAGUCCUGCUUUGUCUGCACUGAGACAUCUCCCCCUGCCCCAAUGCCAAGGACCCCAAGCAGAGCUCCUCAUCUUUGUUACCCUGGAGAACCACACCCCCCACCCCGAGUUUUGUGACUUCAGUGAAUGA